AUGACAACAAGAAGAAGGACAAAGUUAGAGAGACUACAAGAAGAGUCUGAAGCAUUGAAAGCUUCACUAAUACCAAACCGAAGUAGAAGAUUAUCAUCAAAGAAUCUGAAUGAUGAUGAUGACAAUGAUGAUAAUGAUCACGAAGAAGAAGUAGAGGAAGAUGAUGUGGAGGAUAAUGAGGAAGAGGUUGAUAACACACAGAAACAGAAGAAGAGGAAGCAACAACAACUGAAAGGAUCAGAGAAGCAGACACAAGAUAAACAAGAGAACAAGGACAAUGGCGCAACGAUCAUAACAAGUAGUAGGGGAAGAGUGAUCAAGAGAUUGGCAGCACAGACUAAUGAUAGUGAUGAGAAUGAUUCAGAUGUUAUUCCAUCAAUCUCUGAUGACUCUGAUUAUGAUCCUGAGGAGAACAAGAAGAGAAAGAAAAAGAAGAAGACAUUGUCACAGCAUUCAUCAUCGACUACAUCAUCAUCGCCAUCACAAUCAAUGUCAAGACAAUCGAAAUCACCAUCACAAGGAGCAUCAAGGGCUGCAAGAUCACCCGCAAGAAAGACAUUGACCAAUGGCGAUCACAAGAAUUCCUCAUCAUCAUCAUCAUCACAGAGCAAGCGACCAAACACUCCAUCUCGAUCAACACCAUCGUCAUCAUCGUCAUCAAAGAGGAAACAAAGACAAAAGGACAGUGAUGACGACGAAGAUGAUGAUCAAGAAGACGAGGACGAAGCGAUCAUUGGAGAGUUACCCAAUCCAAAGUUCGCCAGAUUGGACUUGGAUUCAAUCCUCACACUCAAAUAUAUGUCAUCCAAAUCAAAGAAGUUCACUGUCAAGUCGACAGAGUCAAAGGAGGACACCAAGCGCAAGAAACAGUUGAUUCACGAUGAGGAGAAGGCCAAGGGCGAGGCAAUGCUGCGAGAGCUUCGAGACGAGUUUGAUCCAAAGGAUAUGGAGGAGAUUGAGCGACAACAAAAGGAGGGAGUCGGUCCAAGGAAGAAGACGCCCGUUCAAUCAGUCACCACGACGCCAAAGUCAAUCCUAAAGACAUCGACCACAACAACGCCACAGACAAACAACAAUGACACAACUACCACACCUUCGACCGUGUCAACAGUUACAUCCGCCACUGAUAAACGUGCACGACAUGUCGAGUUCUCCGUGGAACUGGACGAGCAGUUGGUGUCAGAGAUGAAAUACGUCUCGAAUAGACCAUCAACAGGCGGUUCAGUGACACGUACGCCUUCCUCCCAAGAAUCAAUCAAGAAGAAACAACAACAAGAACAGGAGAGGGACCAAGAAGAUGAACCACUACUAGAGCAGUCACAAGUAGUCAUGGAUAUUAUUGAACCAGACAACAAGGAUGCCAAUAAUGAUGUACAUAAGAGCAAUGGCAAUCAAGAUGUGGCUGUGGACGAGAAAGAGCAUGAUCAGGAUCUGGUGGAUAUAGUGGAGAGCACAGGACAACAACAGAAUAGCAAUGUCAUCGAUGACAACAACAACAGCAACAACAACAACAAAGACGACAAUGACAAUGACAAAGGAGUAGAUGGAGUGGACCAUGUUGUUCAAAGUGGCGAUGGCGAGAAGAUAGAGCCAAUACCCGACUCGUAUGAUGAGUCCAAAGAGUUCCAGAAUAGCCAGCCAACACAAUCAGACGAUAUGCCAAGUACGCAGACCUGUCAACGAGAUUAUGACGAGUAUACCAAAGGUAAGUUGUUGUAUUACAAGUUGUUGUUGUUGUUCAAAGUGAUCCAUGAGGAGGAAGGAGGAAACAGACUAAUCUAA